GCAGUGCAUUGUGGGUAUGGAAUUCCCUAGGCCGGAGGAAGCCAGUGCGCAGGUCCGAAGGAAACUCCAUGAUUUUUUUGGCACGAAAAUCCUGGAGAAAAUAGGAACUUGAAACAGGGAUUAAUGGGAAAGGGGUAUUACUUGAAGCACAGCGAAGGCUAAACUCGUUUUCACUCGUUUGAGAAGCUCACAGAGAUCUUGACGGUUUGAAUGAAACAAUCGGCUCGUCUGUGACCGACUGGGAUCCUCUCGAAAUUUCUGCUCAUUUUGUGGCGACAAUGCAACGGGCGCAAUAAAACCCCAGCUAGCGUUAUUGCUCUUUGUUUUUGGGCAGGACAGACAGACAGACGGACAGACGGAUGGCGCACAGGGAGAAGAGGUGGCAAAGUGUCUGAAUAAACUCGGUUUCGUGCCGUCCGCGGUGCUCCCAGCAGCAGCACUCGAAGCUAAAGGCUCCCCUAAAGCCCCGGCUAUCUCUCGGCUCUGGUUUGCAGCGCGGCGAACCCGCAGCAAACUUCGUAAACACAGCAGCAGCAGCAGCAAGAGAAGGAGGAGGAGGAGGAGGUUGUGAGAGUUCAGGGAAAUCUUUCCGUAGCUGAGAGAGUCCACUGGGAAUAACGUGAAGAGAGGGCUGCCUGUUUAGGCCGGUUUUGAGUUCAGUUGUGUUGAGCGCUGGCAGCACUACUUAGGAUGUCUUCCCUGGGGUGGAUUUCAUGGAUGGUGCUGACCCAGGCUAAAAGAAGAUGAAAAGGAGCUGGAUGUGUGUGAGCCAAAAAUGACUGGGGGCAGUGAGAAGGCAGCAGGAAAAAAAGAUGGUGGUCCGACACUCACCGCUCAGGUUCCUGUUGGUUGGCAGAGAAAAGUGGAGGACGGGGCUGUGGCAUACAUUAGCCCAAGUGGUACAGUUCUGUGUUCUGUGGAAGAGGUGAGGGUGUAUCUGUUGACAGAUGGCACAUGUAAGUGUGGACUGGAAUGCCCACUUGUCCUUCAUAAGGUCUUCAACUUUGACCCAACUGCAGGGGUUCAUACUCAGAGUCAUCAGUCAGGGAAGGUUGAAGAAGAUAUGACCAAACUGUGCAACCAUCGCAGGAAAGUGGUCGCCAUGGCUGCUCUGUGUCGGAGUAUGCAGGCUUCCCAAAUACCAUUACCAGCUCAUGGCUCAGGGAGUGGUGUGUGCGCAGUGGCUGGCAAGGAUAAGAGAGGAUCCAGAGUGGCUCGAGGAGACGUAGCCCAGCACACCUACCAGCUAACACCGAACCAGGCCAGACCCAGCAGCAGUGGCAGCUUUCCUGUGCCUCCACCUCUUUCAGUUCUUCAGAAUGGAUCUGUAUCUCACACCACCUCCAUACUGACUUCUGAUCCAAGCUCACCCUUGAAGAAGACCUUGCCCCAGUCCCCCGGGCCCAGUGUAACUUCUUAUGGGAAACAGCAGUGGAGCCCUCGCGCUACCCAACACAUUCUCCAAAGAGCACCUCAUAAGUCAACCUCUCCCAACACUACAAAACCAGACACAGCCCAUACUUACCAGACGGACUCCGCUCUUCCCGUGACGUUAUCUUCACCUGUCGUUGCUAGGGCGGGACUGCCUCUUCUACAGGGAACGGUAGUGAAAGCUUCUUCUCCUCUUUCUUUCUCAUCAUCCCCUUCUCCUGCUCAGGACACCUUUUCCCCUCACCAACGAUCCUGUCACUCCUCCACAUCCUCUCUCUCUGAGGGAGCUGCAGGAUCUUUGCUCACUCAGGGGGUCAAACCUUCCCUUUCUCCGCUGCCUUCUGCCAAACCUUGCUUUUCGCCCAUACUUUCUGUACCCCCAACCAGCCCACACAGUCGUCUGGAGGGCAUUUUGCAGCACUACAAAGACUGCAGCACCACAAACCCCGACUGUACCCAACAGCAGCACACCUUCAGCAACAAAAAUAAACUACAAACUCUGCAGAACCCACAGCCUACCCAGAAUAAUUUGUGUGAUAAGAGGAAUGGACCAGUACUAGGUUCUGCUCCAGGGCUGAUUGGGCUCCCUUUGGGUCAGAUCUUGUGUCAGCAGAAGAGCCAGCAGCACAUCAGCAGCUCUUUCCCAGCCAGUAACCUUCUUUCUGCAGCUGCCAAAGCCCAGUUGGCCAGUCAGAAAACCCAGAGCCAGUCCAGGGCACCAGAAACAGGUGUCCUUCCUCUCCCAGCGCCAGACAAGGAGCAGCAGUCCAAGGUAUUAAUUAGCACUUUAAACAAUAGCCUGAAUACCAAUACGGCCCCAAGUCAAUCUUUGACUGCUUUCUUGCUUCCUCACUCAACCUCUCCCCCGGUGUCAAUCCCUUCUCAGUCUGAAAAAACAUUACGCCGCAAACGCCAGCGUCGCUCACCCACCGUUCUUAGCAUGCUCAAAGGAACACAAAUAAACCGAACUGUGGGAGACCUGGUUGCGUCCUCCCCUGUCAUCCCAUCUCCAUCUUUAUCGUCUUCUAGCUCUCCUCCACCUGUCACUCUCUCAGAAAGCCACCUCCGUCCCGCACGCUUGUCUAGUGCUCCUCCUUCCACCGCUUGUCUGUCUAACAGCUUAGUAAGGCAAACGGAAUUGGAGGAGGGCAAGAAGAUGGCUCUUUCAAACUCCCUUUCUCUCUCUUCUCCCCCUGCUUCCUCCCAGCCUCUUUCUGCCUUGCUCCAGCUCCUAAGUAUGCAGAGCGCCCAAAACAACACUUCUCCAAUGAUACCGCUCAGCAGGCACUCAACUGUGCCCACAUCUUCGACACCUCUGGUUGUCUCUCAAACGCCUCAGUAUGACGGCCAGCUUGGGCCACAAACACACGUCCACAUGAAACAGUCGCUACCCCAAAACCUGGUGCCCACUUUGGAUCCUCUUUCCCAUCUGGCUACUGCUCAGCCGCUUUCUCUGACCUGUGAAGAUACAGAAGCAGUUGCAGUAAACCUUAAAACAACAGCAAAUAGUGCAGUUCUAAACUUAAGCAUGCCCCAUACAAGCACCAGUACCGGAACUGAGCCUUCCAUUAGCCACCAUACCCUUAGUGUGAUGAGCCAGUUAUCUUCAGCCACCUGCCUGUCUGCUUCCACCAUAUCAGAGAAAACUUGUGGAUCCAAACUAGUGGAUAUUGGACCGGAUCCUAACAUUUACCAAACAAACCAGCCAGACCAAAACCAGGCUACAGACAGCGAGGGUUCUGUUAUGUCUGAGGAGCAUCAAAAUUUGGAUGCUAAGCUACUUACUGGCUGUGAUCCUGACCCUAACCUCUCUCUAGCCCAUGCACCUGGUACCUCUUCGACCGAUUUACCAAACUCUGUGGCUGACCAUGCGAGCACCUUGCAGCUGGCUGAGUCUUUCCCCUUUAUGACACAGGAACAGCUCCUUCAGCUUCUCUCCUCCAAUACAGCCCUGCCCUCCCUUCUUCCCCCUUUUUUAGGUUCUCUGCCUCUCGGGCUCUGGACUGGAACUCAUGCUCCCACAACAGGAGGCAACCAAACUCCACAAGCAGCAAACAACAUCCUCAGCCAGGCUUCUCCACUCAGUGUUCUGCCCUCUGCACUGGGAAGUCAGGGGGACCUCCCUCUUAACCUUGUUAAUAUUUUAAAUCCACCUGCUCCGGGGCCUCCACUGGUUCCAGGUGUAGCUCCAGGGCUUGAGGCUACUGAUAAAAACCCUGGGCUACAGGCACUGCUCAUGGCAUCUUGGCUUCUCGGGCAGAACCCAGCUGCCCUGCUUCCAUUGCCGGGACUUAAUUUAGACCUCCCUCCGCUGCAGCAGGUAUUUGGGGAAGGAUUUUCUCUAGAGAAGACCCCAGCUCUGCUGGACUCUGUCUUGAUGGGGCCAGGACUCCUAGAUGCUCUCCAGGCUCUAGCACCACCCGCAGAUGGCCAGUCGCUUUUGCUCUCUGCCCAGCUCACCCCUCCUCCCCCUCCUCCUGCCUUCCUGUCCCUGAACCCUGCACUGCUGGCUGCAGCGCUUGCACAGGCUGAAACCCUUCCCAACCACACACCAUCCCCCCCACCUCAUACUCAGGGGACUAUUUCCAGUCCUGCACUGGUUUCUACCUCUGUGUCCUGUACCCCACUGGUACCAGUCACUGGACAGGAAACUUGUGACUCACUGACUGAGCAGGAAAAGACCAACAGUCAGACACAUCAAUUUCUCCCCACGAUCCUGUCUCAAGGUGUCCUGAGUGACCUGGCAGCUUUGGGGAACAUUAACAGUCUGCAUAGUUUGCUAGCAGCAGGACCUUUGUUGCUCUCCCAGGCUCCAUCUUUGGGAAUGACACUGCCACAGAACCAGGCUGCUCUUAACUCACUAACAUGCCUGCAGCUGUCUAUGGGUCCUACACUAAUGGGGGAGAAACCACUGGCAGUGCAUGAGGCCACACCUGCACAAGAAGACCUUCCCCCUUCCCAGCUGUGCCAGGAUUCCCUGCUUAAUCCUGGCCACCUACAACAACCUCCACAGCAGAGGGAAGAGCCAGCAGAGCCUGAACCAGGGCUUAUUGACCCAUAUGGCUCCUUUAUGGACACCAUCUACACCUCCUUCCUGCAAGUGAGCGGGCGCGGCUCAGAGGGAGGAAGUAAUUCCGCCCCACUCUCCUACCCGGAGCUCGCGCCUUCUCUUAGUCCUCGGCGAGCAUGCUCAGUGCACAAUCCUGACCUGUCCCGCCUCAGCAUGGAAGCAGCCCAGUCCCCGGCGCGCGGCACACCUAAACUCAGCGAAGACCCGCCCACCACUCCACCCUGUAAACCUGCAGAAUCCCACCCACCAGAUGCCCCGCUUCAUCUUACAUUUAUGGAAGAGGCAAAGACUGACGGCUCAGCCAAGCUGUGUGUCUACAGCAACGGUAUCGGUUCAGGAGCGAGAAGAGAAGACGAUGGUGAAGAUGACCGAAGGCAGGCAGCAGGAUACUUGAGCCCCAGAGAGAGAGGAAACAUUGACCCCGUGGAUAAUACCAUGGGUAACGUGGACACAGAACAGGGGAGGGCUCUAGAACUCCGCACAGGAGCCAGGAGGGGGAGAAAAAGAAAACAAACGCUGCAGCGAGGGCCCGAGUUUCCCGGUGAUAUCGAGCACAUCAUAGAGGAGCCGGCAGCUACAAUGGCACUGCAGAAGCCAGCGAGAGGGAAAAGGCGGCGUGUGGUCAGAUAGAUGUUCUUACAGAAGCCCUUAUCCUACUGUACUUUACACACCAACACCAGCACUGUCAGUAUGGCAAACCCACAGUGCGCAAUUGAGAUGCACUGUGCUGUCCUGCAGAACGCACUCCAUCUUUCUUAAAGCCUAGUUACCUCACUUGUCUUCUCCACCUUUCAUCAUCGUUUUCCUCUCGUGGAUUCGACCCCGUGUUCUGUUACAUGUAUUGUUCUCGUCACUCCGGCUAGAAACAAGAGAUUAGAGUUGGUUAGCCAACACUACUGCAUAGGAUCUCUCUCUCUCCCACCCCCUUAUUCUCUGUAUUUAACGUAGGCUUGUACCGCCCUCUAUCUUCCAACCGUUGUUACUGCAUCCCCUCACAUUAAAUUUUUCCGUCUGAAGUCUUAUAAUGCUGGAGUAUAAACCUUUGGAUAAUUUCCCAUCAAAACUUUGACUGAAAUCAAAUAUUUACAGGCUUAACUUUCGUCAUGACAAAUAACCUCAUGAGUGGAAUCUCCUUUCUCACACGGCACUGUGCGUAAGGAAAGUAUGUACUGUAUACGUGUGUACGUUGUGGGGGCCGGAGUCCAAUACUGUGAGCUGUGGCAGAUUCUGCAUGUACAGUCAGAGCUGCAACCAGCCCCAUUCCGUUGCCUCUGACAUCAACUGCCACUUCAUCAACGUAGGCACAAAAUAUUAAAUUAAUGGUUUAAAGUAAUAAUGAGGAUGAUUAUGCAAUUUUACUAAUGAAUUUAUGUAAAUAUGUACAGUUUUAGUAUUUUAUUUUGUACACUUUUUUAGGAAAAAAAAAAUCAAUUUGUAAAGUAUUUCCUCCUCAGAAAAAAAGAAAACAACCCUUUCCUGUCCAAUAUUGACGUUGGUUUUGUAAAGAGAAUACUUUGUGAGCAGUAGCAUUUCUUUGUUUUUAUGGGAGUCAACUUUUAUUUAACAAAUUAAAAAUGUUUACCUGUAA